GUUCUCAACAGAUCUCUGGUUUUGCUGGUCAAACUCCAGAGUGUCCCUGUAUUUGGCCAUGUACUCUUGUAUUUGAUGCAGUGGAAUUAUAAUUUUGAGCACCUUCUCACACAAUAGAAAACAAAAUGGCUACCGAUCCCAUCCUCCCCAUCCCGAUCUCGUAUAUCGCGGGUAACUACUAUCUCUUCUCGAUUGAUGCCGUCACGUAUUUGAGACGCGAGUAUCAUAUCUGUGGUGUGUUGAUUGGUACCCUACCGCAAAUCCCACAGCAAAAUGUCUUCUUGGGAUUGCCCCUGGAGCUGAUGCCGGAGGAGGCGAGGCUGCUGGUGGAGAAAGGUGUAGCUUGCAUUGUAGACGAGGUAAAAGUUCAGAAUCAAGGCAUGAAGGCCCUCAUGGAGGAAGACCGCCAGAAGUAUCUCCGUGAGCUAGAGUUCCAAGGCAUCCAAGCGACGCGGCUGCAGACUAGCCGGAAAGAACAACUGAGAGACAAAACGUUAAAGAAAUUAGAAGAAAAGAAAGCCAAAGCUGCCAAAUCCAAACAAACUUCUGAGAUAUCUGAAUCUGAACGUGCUGUCGGCGAUGAGCCGAAGAGCGACCCGUCGCUGGAGCUUUUCGGAGGCAAUAGUCAAACUACCUCUCGCCGUACCUCGACUUCUCUCAAUCCCGAGAAUGCCAUGGGAAUUACGCCCGCAACGGCUCGCCCCCCUCUCCCUGCGGAGCCUUCUGCUGAGCAGCUCUUGCCCCUGCCGCAGGUUCCCUCGUCUUAUCCAUUGUUCGCACACCUUCAUGCCGGGGGUUAUUUCUUGUCCCCCGGGCUUCGAUUUGGUUGCCAGUAUCUUGCCUAUCCUGGAGACCCCUUGCGAUUCCAUUCUCACUUCUUAGUCGCCUCUGCCGAAUGGGAUGAGGAACUCGAUCUGAUGGAAAUUGUCGCCGGAGGUCGAUUGGGUACUGGUGUGAAGAAGGGGUUCCUUAUUGGCGGUGCUGAAAAGAAGGAAGACCCUGCCGACGCAGAGAAUGUACGGACUUUUAGUAUCGAGUGGGCAGGAAUGUGAAAGAGUGUCAGACUAGGGUAUCAGACUUCAUUGGACUACUGUCUUUAUGUCGCUCUCGUGGACGACACAGGCACAUCGCUCAGCAGAAGACUGCCUGGAAGGUACUUGGAGCCCUCGACACAUCCUGUGUGGUAGUCCUCCGGCCUAUCAACAGAAACACGGCCGUUGGCGCUUAAUAUACACGGUUCGCCACUGUCUUGGCAGAAGCUCACGAGCAAUACAUAUUAGCCAUCAAAGCAUGCACGUCCUCUGUUGAGGCUAGGGGCAUAGAUGAACGGCCUGUCUAACCAUUUCACGUGUUUGACGAUGCGACCCUACUACGAAACAUCAUAGGUCAAGUCUCACUACAAGAGACUCGAUUACAACUUAGAAGUGCUGUCUUCUUUAUUACUCUGAACAACAUCUAUCUUUUCUUAUAUGAUACCCAUUGAAAUACAUCAAUAUCAAGU